AGAUGGGUAUAAAAACCCUCAUUUGGCUGUCAAUACUUGUAGUAGGCAUAUACUGUGAGAUAAGUGAUGAAGAUGCUCCUGUUCAUUAUUGUUUUGUCAAUCCUCCACCGAAAACUCGUCUCUCCCCAAAUCUUCUUCAAAACAUCACAACGUGCACCCAUUUAGUGUAUGGAAGUAUUCCAAUUGAUCGAGACACUGGAUAUCCACAGUACAGUGUAUCCGAUGUUGAGUCUGGAUAUGAUAUUGACAAUAUUCGAACUUUCAUGAGAUUGAGAAAAUAUCAUCCAAAUGCCAAACUCUUGAUGGGAGUUGUUAGAACAAAACCGUUUGAAGACGCGGCUACAUCGGUGAAGGUUGCAAACGGGCUCCGAUCUCAUGUGAAGAGCAAAAGAUUCGAUGGUUUAUUUGUAACUUUCAACGGCAUUCACCUUGAGUAUCGAGCCUCAACGAGUUUUCUUGAAACGAUUUCAAAAGACAAAAAGAUGUCGUUAACAUUUGGAGUCACAGGAAGAAGAGUUUUUGCAUUUGAUGCAUUAAGACGACUUCAAGAAAUCAAUGAUCUCGUUGAGUAUAUCUAUUUGGAUAUGGGAGAAUUGCCAUCAAACGAGGAACUUGCCAGAGUCACACACAUAAAUCCACUUUUCUAUAAUGGAUCAAUUCCGUUUGAGGAAACAAUUCAAGGAACUGUCGAAGAGUUGUCAAAAGAAGGAAUUCUCCCUUCACGUAUCGUAGUUGGACUGACUGCUGGAGGAUGGAAAUUUGAAAUCAAAGAGACUCAAGAUCCAUUAAAAAUCUCUCAUGGACAAUAUGCUGAGAAUAAUGGAAAACGAGUUUCUUAUCAAGAUGCUUGUAGAGCUAGAGGAGCUGUCAUUUAUGAUUGGCAGACUAUGAAUGAAAUUACCGUGUACCGUCAGACGUGGAUGAGUGUUAAUCUACCAACAAUUAAGGCUAUGGGAGAAAAGAUGAAAUGGAUAUUGGGUCAAAAGUUUGCUGGAAUUGGUAUUAGCCACGCCCUCUUCGAUGAUCCACGUGGAGACUGUGGUACAGAUCCGUUGCCAGCUCAUCGUCUUGUCAUGGAACUAAUUCGUAAUACUAUUCCUGCGAAUCCAGCCAAAUGUACAAGACUCUGCUAUUUGGAUCCGGAGGAGGUUGAGGAAACAUUCCCAAUUGAUAAUCUGAAAUCUGACUACUGUAGUCAUAUUGUUGUUCCAUACUUCGCCCUUGAUCUCUCCGACAAAAUGAUUGAAGAGGAUAAAGCCGAAGAUCUGGUGAAGAAAAUUGAUGAUUGGAGAAGCAAAAUAGUUGAAGUGGCACCGAGGCUUAUUCUUUCUGUCGGAUCAAAACAAGCCUCAACAAUAUGGCAAUUCCUCCUUGGAAACGAUUUUCAUAGAAAAGAACUUGCUGAAGGUCUUGUUAAAGCAAUCAAUUCAACAAACGCAGAUGGGCUUGAGAUUUCGUGGACUUCUCAACCAAUGGUCAGCGAUUUUGAUAAGAAGAAUUUGAAAUCAUUUAUCAAUGAUAUCGUCGCAGCGGACACAGCAAAGAUGGUGGAGAUCGUUGUGGCAACUUCACAACAGAGCGCUUAUUCGGACUUUUAUGAUUAUGAGCAUUUGAACAAAACUGCAUCACUAAUUGUCCUUCACUCUCAUCGUCUUCACUCGGAUUCUCUUCCAUUCACAGGACAUCCUUCACCUCUUCGUGCCACUUCAUCAAUGACUAAUCAAAAAAUGAGUUGGGAAUCGUUGCUCUCUCACUGGGUCGAAAAACGUGUACUCCCUUCAAAACUUGUAUUGUCUCUGAGUGCAUCCACUUUAUCCAUGCAAUCACUUGCUGAUGUGAGAAGCUCAGCUGCAACUCCAUUUGGACAAUCAGCUUUUGUGUCAAUGUUGAGAUCGAAAAAAGGAGAUAUUCAUAGUCAGCAGGAGAUCUGUGAAAGCCUGAAGUCUGGAACUGGUGUCACUCAUUGGGUUGAUGGAGCUGAAGUACCAUAUUUGAGACGAUACGAUCAAAUGGUAGCAUAUGAGAAUACUCGUAGUGCUCACAUCAAAGCAGUAUGGGCAUCAAUGGAAGGUGUUGGAGGACUUGCUCUUCACAACAUGCACCAGGACGAUCCGAGUGCAGUUUGUGAUAACCGUACUGCAUUCCCCAUUUUAAAUGCUCUUUCUCGUGCUCAAGUUUGUCAGACUUGCCUGAAACAGCAUGACUUCAAAAAGUGUGAACAACACGAUUUCGUGGUUAGCUGCAAUUUUGAAUUGAAGAGGAGCACUCCUGUUUUCAAAACGGACAUUGUCCCAUACGAGCGUUGCACGGAAGUUGUCGUUGAGCAGGCAACACUCACUUUAGGUGGAAAUGUGAAUUUCAAUGAUGUUCAACAAGAACAAGUUGUUAAGAAUUUGACAUCAUUGAGGUCAAAAAUGGUUAAAUGUGGAAUGGUGCUUUCACUAUCAUGCGGUGAUUCUGAGAAAUAUUUGAAUUCAAUUCUUGGUGACAACAUGACAUUUGCAAUUGGCAACGUGAUGAAUAUUAUGGAAAAGUACAAAUUUUCUGGAGUACAAUUGGAUUGUGAAAAAGUGAUUCGCAGAGGAAACCAUAUUUACUUCAACACAUUCGUCAAAAAAUUGGCACAGAAGUUUGAAAGCGGCAAGGCUUCCAAUGGGUGUAACAGGACACUUUCAGCAAGAUUUUCCCAUUACACACAAAAGCCGUCAACGUACUACAGUGUAUCUCUAUUGAAUCGUCUGUCUCACAUUGCAUUAAGAAUGACUGAUAAACAUUCCGUUGAUCUUCCAUUCUUCUUCAAUCACACAAAGCCUGAGUUCCCGUCAACUGAGAAAUUUGUGAAUAUUUGGAAGAAUGUGGGACUGAAACCGGAUAAGCUAGUUUUGGAACUCUCGCCAUUUGGUUGGCAGACUGGAAAGAAAGUGGGGGAGAAGAAGAAAAUGACACAAGGAGUUAAUUGUGUAACUGCUGGGAAUAGAGCUGUCUACGAACAUGAUUAUGAAACAUUGACAGGAAUGACCAAACAUGAAAAUGGAACUAUCAACAUGCCAAUGAUUGAAGAUUUUAGAUACAAAAUUGGUUACAUCCAACGUGAACAGCUCGGCGGUAUUGCAUUGAAUGUAAAUGGAGAUGACUAUACUGGAAUCUGUGGGCGUGGAUCAUUCCCAAUUCUGAAAUCUGUUUAUAGUUCCCAUAAGUGUCGUUAAUUUCUGAAACUUCACAAUUUUGAUAAAUAAUUAUUUU